AGUAGGAGAUAAGUAUAUAAAUGUUUCCUUAUCAGAAACUUGAUAGAAAUUGCAACGUAUUACCAAGUCUUGAGGAAACAAGAAAAUCAUUAUCUUCUAUUCCGUUACUUAUCUCUAUAUUUUUUUCCUUUUCUUUAGCAAAUUAAAUUCAGUCAUCUUUAAAUAUAAUGGGGUUGAAAGAGAAGAAUGGUGGUAACCAAAUGAAUAAUGUUGAGACGUGGGUUAUUAUGGAAACUGAGAAUUGUAUUUCUGAUGAUUAUUCCCUUCACUCAAAUUCGUCGGAAUCUUUGUCUUCGUCAUUUGAGCUAGAUGAUGAUGCUUCAUCUCAUGGACCUUUGUAUGAGUUGUCUGAAUUAAUGGAUCACUUACCUAUCAAGAGAGGAUUAUCAAAAUAUUAUCAAGGGAAUAGUCGAUCGUUUGGAUGUUUAGCAAGUGUGAAAAGCCUAGAGGAUCUUGCAAAGAAAGGGAAUUCUUAUAAUCAGAGAAUGAAAUCAUUUAAGAGUUUUGGUUUAGAUGUCAAAAGAUCAUCAUUUCGUCCAAAAGCUACCAUUAAAAAGAAAUCCUACUCUUCAAGUUCAAGGAGACCUAUUUUAUCAAACACUACUCUUCAUGUGGCUAAUUGUACAUCUCCCAUUUCUUUGGAAAAGAAUUUUUAGUUUAUUAAUUCUUAGAAAGCUUGUAGUAAAAAUUUUUUUUUUUUUAAGCUAGCAACAUGUGAAAUUGUGAUGGGAAAAUGGUUGACAUUUUCAGUAGAAAGAGAAACAAAUUUUGAGCAGAAAUGUUUGUUGAU